AUGACAUUCUUGCCGCUCAUGGAGUCACCUUGCAGACCCGAUGUCGUGAAGCUGCCUUUACCGCCAGGCGUUAAAGCCGGAGCCGUCGUAGGUCGUGGUGGCCACAAUGUGCGAUGGCUUCACUUCCACUCGGGUGGUGCACACAUCACUGUAAAUGAUACCGCCAUCACCAUACGAGCUAAGGAGGAUCACGUACGUGAGCGAGCUGUGCUCCUCGUGCAGUUGCAGCUGGGCGCAGCCCGAAAGCUAUUAGGAGCGACACACGAUGACGACCUGCCGCCCCUCCCCCGCCCCGGCUUCAUCCUCCUCGAGGCCGCAUUCGGCACUGACCCGCGGGCCAGCUUCUCCCAGCGGCAAGAUGAAGUUGCGGCCGCGCUAGGCCUUCGAGAGCGGCUAUUCGAGCUGGUGCCGGUCACCAUUCCCUGCAGCCGGGACCAGGACGGGCAGCGGGAUCAGGAUAAGGCUUCAAUAGGCCGCGACGGCAAUAACGCGGCAGGCGUCCACGCUGCUGCGACAGCUGCCGCCGCCGCCGCCGUCGCCCGGGCGCUGGCCGGGCUCGGCCCCAAGCGGCGUGGCAACCCGCCGCUGCUGGCGGCUGUGGGCCUGGCGCUGGCGGCGGCAGCUCACAAGGCGGCGUGCCUUGAGCCCGCGUUUGACGUCCUCAAGCUCCGGUUUAAGCUUGGCAAAAACCUCUUCCGCAACCUCGGGCCGCUUGCGGAUAAGACUGAAUUGAGCGCCUCUGACCUGGCUGCGAGUUCUGGUCGCGGCGCGUACCAGUCCGUGUUCAGCAACUACGUUCCCGCCUCCACCGUCCCGCGGGUCACUUCCUGGCUCACGGACGUGUUGGGCUUCUCCCUGACCGACACCAAGACCACCGCCACCCUGCACGUCAUCAACCAGGAGCUCAACGUGCACUACUCCAUUGCACUCACGAUGGAGGGAGGGGACGACUCCACCGCCUCCCUGCGUAAGCUCAAGGUCGGCGGCUCCAAGAACCCCUCUGUGACGCUCAUGUCCGGGCCGCAACAGCUCGACCUGAGACUCAAGCUGAUCACGCAGUUCAGGGAGCAUCCGGGACUCAUGUACGACGUGGACGCGCACUCGACGGCUCGUCGCGUGGCGGCUGCCGUACGUACGGAGGGCUUCGACGGCUUCAUUCGCAGCAAGCGGGGCCUGCCCCGAAACCGGCACCUGGAGUACGGGCGGCGCAAAACCAAGUUCGUGUACGAAGGGUUCAUGCCAACAUCCGAGGGCGAGGGCGGCUGCGGCCAGCGGCUCCGAGUCAGCGUGACACAGGUGCAGGACGACAAGGGGACGCACUACGAGAUUUCAGGCUGCCUUCCCGACGUGGACGCCAAACUACGUCGACUGCUGGCACAGCACCGAUCACCACCACCAUCACCACCGCCGCCAGCGGCAUCAGUUGACGACUCGGGCUGCUUCGUGCCGGAGUGGCGGCGGCGCGGCGGCAGCAGCGGCGGAAGCAGUGUCGGUCCCGGAUCGAGCCUGGGCCUUGCCGGCGACCGCGUGUUGUACAAGCGCUUCCGCAGCAGCGGCGGCGGCCCCGUCGGUCCUAGCGCUGGCCCCUGCUGGGCGCGCUCCAUCAGCGGCGGCGGCGGCGGGGUAUUGCACGACAGCGCCAGCAGCAGCCUGACGGCUUCUUUUAGCACGAGCAACCCCAAGCCCACUUGCGAUGCGGAAGGUCACGUCACGGCGGAAUGGGCUGAGGCUGCUCUGGUAGCAUGUAUGGUGCAAGAGCUACAAGACGGCUUGCAGCGAGGCGUUUGGAGGUGAGGACGUUGAAUCUUAAUCAAUGGCGGUCAGUAGCAGGCAGCUCAGACGGCAGAUCGCAGCAGUGCUUGGUGAAGAAAGAACACGAUUAUUGCCUGUUAUAUACUAUGUAUGUAUGUAUGUAUUUAUGUCGGCACAAUCGCGAGC